CUUCGUUCCAUUCUCUACUCUUCUCUCAAUUUCCAUUUUAUUCGUCUCGCUGUUUUUGUAUUGCUCUUCUUCCUGUAGACUGAAGGGAAAAAAGGGCAAAAAAAAGAAAAAGAAAAAGAAAAAGAAAAAGAAAAUAGAAGAAGAAUGAACUCUCACAGAAAUUCCCAAUGAAAAUUUCGGAGCUCCCUCCAACAAUCUAAACCUAUAAUUUCCGUUCUCGGCCACACUCUAUAGUUUUCAUUCUAUCCCAUUCUUCGAUAUCUCAUCACUGCAAUUAUUUAUUGAGUUUCUUGAUCCAUAUCCAGCACAGUCUUCCAAUCUCAGAAGCUAAAGAUGCAGUUGUCCACCGUACAAGUUUUGGGGGGAAUUUGCAGCUAACUCCAUUGAAGGUUCUAUGACUAAUAUGGCUCUUCGAAAAUUUGUUUGUGGAGUUACACCUUCUAUUAACUUGAAACAUUCAAGUUUCCCCACUAAGUUGCAUGAAAAAACUCAAUUUGAAGAACCUGAGACUAACCAGACGUUGGAGCCUGAUGUAGAUAUUGACCCUAGAGAAGUAUAUUUUCUUAUUAUGCACUUUCUUUCAUCUGGGCCAUGUCGUAGAACUUGUGGGCUACUAUGGGAUGAGCUUUUUGAACAUCAACUUUUACCCCGACGAUAUCAUGCAUGGUAUUCAAGAAAUGGGAUGCAUAGUGGCCAUGAAAAUGAUGAUGGCUUGUCAUUUCCAUUAAGUUACCAACACUUAGUGGAGAGGUAUCCACAUGUCGAUAAGAAUCACCUGAUAAAACUUUUGAAGCAAUUGAUACAUAACAAGGCCCCUCCAUCUAGAGGUAUGAGUGGUGGAAUUGCUCCAAAUGCAGCUGACGUGCCUACAUUAUUGGGAACAGGCACAUUUUCACUUUUGAGCUAUGAUAAACACGAAGGAGUUGGCAAACCAAGCAGUCCCCCAGCACACAUGCGAUGGCCUCAUAUGAAAGCUGAUUCUGUUCGUGGAUUAAGUUUGAGAGAAAUUGGAGGUGGUUUCUCCCGACAUCAACGUGCACCUUCUGUGCGUGCAGCAUGUUAUGCAAUUGCUAAGCCAUCAACAAUGGUGCAGAAAAUGCAAAACAUAAAGAGGCUACGAGGGCAUAGGAAUGCUGUUUAUUGUGCAAUUUUUGAUCGCAUGGGAAGGUAUGUUAUAACUGGGUCAGAUGAUCGCCUUGUAAAGAUUUGGUCAAUGGAAACUGCAUAUUGCUUGGCAAGCUGCCGAGGACAUGAGGGUGAUAUCACUGACCUCGCUGUUAGUUCUAACAAUGCUGUGGUGGCAUCAUCUUCAAAUGAUUUUGUUAUCCGUGUUUGGCGUUUGCCUGAUGGGCUACCAAUUUCAGUCUUACGAGGACAUACUGGUGCUGUUACUGCAAUUGCCUUUAGUCCCAGAGCUGCAUAUCAGCUUCUUUCAUCGUCAGAUGAUGGAACAUGUAGGAUAUGGGAUGCUCGGAGCUCUUCUCAGAAUGCUCCUCGGAUUUAUGUUCCAAGGCCUUUGGACUCUGUGACUGCGAGAAGCGGAGGCUCUUCCAUGAGUACUCUUCCUCAGAGCCAUCAAAUAUUUUGCUGUGCUUUUAAUGCCUGUGGAACUAUUUUUGUUACUGGUAGUUCUGACACUCUAGCAAGGGUUUGGAGUGCCUGCAAAGGAAACAAUGAAAACCCAGAACAACCAAAUCAUGAGAUUGAUGUGUUAGCUGGCCACGAGAAUGAUGUCAAUUAUGUGCAAUUCAGUGGAUGUGCAGUAGCAUCAAGAUUUACAACUACUGACAUUGUGAAGGAGGACAAUGUUCAUAAGUUCAAAAACUCCUGGUUCACUUAUGACAAUAUAGUUACUUGUUCUCGUGAUGGAAGUGCAAUUAUUUGGGUUCCAAGAUCACGGAGGUCACAUGGGAAGGUUGGUCGCUGGACCCGUGCAUACCAUUUAAAAGUGCCACCUCCACCCAUGCCCCCACAACCUGCUCGAGGCGGCCCUCGUCAGAGGAUUCUUCCUACCCCUCGUGGUGUAAAUAUGAUAAUUUGGAGCCUAGAUAAUCGUUUUGUCUUAGCAGCUAUAAUGGAUUGUAGAAUUUGUGUUUGGAAUGCUUCUGAUGGCAGCUUAGUUCACUCUUUGACAGGUCAUACUGAAUCGACGUAUGUACUUGAUGUUCAUCCUUUCAAUCCAAGGAUUGCUAUGAGUGCUGGAUACGAUGGAAAGACGAUAGUUUGGGAUAUUUGGGAAGGCACACCGAUUCGGAUAUAUGAAAUUUCUCAUUUCAAACUGGUUGAUGGGAAGUUUUCGUCAGACGGGACAUCAAUUAUACUUUCAGAUGAUGUUGGGCAGCUAUAUAUAUUAAGCACAGGGCAGGGAGAAUCCCAACAGGAUGCCAAGUAUGAUCAGUUCUUUCUUGGUGACUAUCGCCCACUUAUUCAGGAUCCUUCCGGCAAUGUAGUUGACCAGGAAACCCAACUCAGUACUUACAGAAGGAAUUUGCAAGAUCUUCUUUCUGACUCAGGCAUGAUACCCUAUCCAGAGCCUUAUCAGACUGCAUACCAGCAAAGACGUUUAGGAGCUAUGGGUCUUGAGUGGCGUCCUUCUUCUCUAAAACUUUCUGUUGGGCCUGACUUCAAUCUCGAUCCAGAUUACCAAUUACUGCCUUUGGCAGACUUGGACAUGUUGAUUGAACCAUUGCCUGAUAUUGUGGAUGCAAUGGACUGGGGACCAGAAAAUGAAGUACAAAGCGAGGAUACCGAUUCAGAGUACAAUGUCACUGAAGAUUAUUCUAGUGGCGGGGAGCAAAGAAGUCUAAAUUCAAACUGCUCAACGGAUCCAGAAUGCAGCUCCGACGACACAGGGAUUGAUGAUGCUCCUGCUGAUGGUCUUCGAAGAUCAAAAAGGAAAAAACAGAAAGCAGACAUGGAAGUUAUGACUUCUUCAGGAAGGCGUGUUAAAAGACGAAAUAUGGAUGAGUAUGAAGGCGAUACUGUCAGGAGUUCCAGAAGUCGGAAGUCAAAAUCUGGCCAUAAGCCUUCCAAAAAGAAAUCAGCUUCCAAGUCAAGACCUCAAAGAGCGGCUGCACGUAAUGCCCGCAAUUGGAUAUCAUCAUUUAAGGGAAAAUCUACAGAUGGAGAAGAAGAAUACGAAUCGGGAGGUGAAUGCUCAGAAAGUGAAUCUACAUUAGAAGAUUCAGACAUUGAGAGUGAUGAAUAUGAAAGAUCAUUGCAAAACAGAAAUAAGCAUUUGAAAGGUAAAGAAGUAUUCUUUGAUGGAGCUGAGGAGAUCAGAAAAUCGCUUGAUGUUUCUGAAUCUCGCGUAGAUGCUGGAAACAGAAAGAAGUUGAUUCUGAAAUUCUCCCUUAAGAAUCCAAAUAAGAUUGAUCCUCCUUCAAACACGGCCGUUACUUGUUCCAACAUGGCCGAUGUGGCUAGCUCAUCGUCAAGAUCACCAAAGGAAGUUAUUGAAACCAGUCAGAAUCUUAUGAGAUCUGAGAGGCAAUUUGUUAAUAUUGAUGGACAUUCUGAUCUGACUGUGGUCUACACAAAUGGGAACAUAAGAUGGGGAGGGUCCAGGGUUCGCUCGUCCAAGCGCAUAAGAUUUGGGGAUACUGCGCCUUCUAAUGCAUAUGCAGUAUCUACUUCACUUCCCAAUGGCGAUCAUAAUGAAAAUGAGAAUGCAGUUCAUGAGUAUUUAGAACGAGAAAAUCAUUUUGGUGCACCAUCCCCCCAUGCAAAGGUGCAGAAUUAUUCUGCAGAUGAAACGGACACAGUAUCUCCCACAAAUUUGAAGGAUGAGGAUGAUAAUGCUUCUGGGCAUUCUCAGGAGAUGGUUAAUGGUGGAGAGCUUAAAUGUGUUGGCAACAGCAAGUCAUGUCAUCAUGAUGAUUCAAGUCAUUUGAAUUUUAUGUUUUCUUCAGACGCGACCACCACAUCAAUACAAAAUGGGACUCCUGCUCCUGAGCAAACUGAAAAUAUUGCACCAAUGUGUACAAAGAUAAGGUUCAAGACUAUUUCCUUGGAUCCUGAACAUUCGUUGAGGCAUAAAAUAGAAUCCUUUGAUGAAAGCUCAAAGAAUGAUGAAUACAAUACAGUAUCUGGAAGCCCUCAGCAUCUAAAUGGGCUACAAGAUAGUAUCAAGAAUGAAACUUAUUCUGAUCUUAGAAAUGAUUGCUCACAAGAUAUGGACAUUGGAAUGGAUGAAAAACCAGUUUCAACCUUAUGCAACUCAUCAGAGUUGCAAGCAGUUGAGACAAACAAAAUGUACACUGCAGUUUAUAGAAGAUCCAAGUCAAACAAAGGAAAGAGCAAUAUAGAUAGCAACGGUUGUGGCUCAGGAGAACAUGCCUUGGGCAACAGUAGUCUACCUGCUGAAGCAGACAAUCAUAAAAUUAUGCUUCGGAAGACACGAUCUUUAAGGUUUAAGGAUUCCUCAUAUGAUCUAAAUAAUGUGGUUGAUGAUCUAAAAUCAGACGAAGAUCAAGAACUUGAACAGAGAUCAAGACGUUCUGGAAAUUCUUCUGUGAACAGAUCUCAUAUACCAAGUGAAGAGUGGGGAUCGAGCUCAAGGAUGACAGGCGGAUCCAGAUCCACUCGAAACAGAAGGGGUACUUUUACUCAAGACAUAAAUCCAGUAGACAGAAGGAAGUCGGUUCAAUAUGCCAGAAAAGGAUCGUGGUUAAUGAUGCCUGCACAUGAGGGUGGCUCCAGAUAUAUUCCCCAACUUGGAGAUGAAGUUGCGUAUCUUAGGCAGGGCCAUCAGGAAUACAUAGAUCAUUGUUGUGCAAAUUACUGUCACACAAGAGACAUGGGACCUUGGACCUCAAACCGAGGAACCAUACGAGCUGUUGAGUUCUGUAAGGUUGUGGAGCUUGUUUAUUCAACUUCUGCAGGUUCUGGAGAUAGUUGCUGUAAAAUGCUUCUCAAGUUCAUAGAUCCUACUUCUCAUGUAUUCCUCCAAUCUUUCAAGUUAACUCUUCCCGAGUUGACUAGUUUCCCUGACUUCUUAGUUGAAAGAACUCGGUUUGAAGCUGCAAUGCAGAGGAAUUGGACGUUCAGGGACAAGUGCAAAGUGUGGUGGAAAAAUGACGUUGGAGUCGAUGGUAGUUGGUGGGAUGGUCGAAUUGUCUCUGUGCAGGCAAAAUCUUCAGAGUUCCCAGAAAGUCCUUGGGAGAGGUACACAAUUAAGUAUAGGAGUGAUCCUGCUGAACCACAUUUGCAUAGUCCUUGGGAGCUGUAUGAUACUGUUACUCAGUGGGAACAGCCUCGAAUAGAUGAUGAAAACAAAUCAAAGUUGUUAAUGGCCAUUGACAAAUUAAUGUCACCCUCUAUGCAGGGUCGUUAUGGGAUCCAAGAUUUGAUGCUUCUCUCACGGAAGACACAAUACAAGAACAGGUUUCCUGUGCCAUUGUGCCUUGAGAUAAUCCAGGAAAGAUUACAGAAUGAUUACUACCGAAGCUUGGAAGCUUUGAAGCAUGACUUCAUGGUAAUGCUGUCGAAUUUUGAGUCAUUUGUGGCAAAGAAUGAAGACAUGUCGAAGAAAAUUAGACGCUUGUCGGAUUGGUUUGAUCGCAACAUAUCACCUUUAUAGUUUCUUGUAAAAUACCUCUUAGCAUUCAAAGAAUUUUGGUAGAAAUUAUUGGCCAAAGUUAGGUUGAAGAAGCCCACUUGGGUUAUUUCUCCUGUAUGUAGAUAAUUCUUUUUCCCUAUUUGAUUAAACAACGCCUUUCAUUUAUAUUCUUAGAUAAUCUCUCGAUGGAAGAUUUGAGGUUUACUAGGAAAUUAUAGAGGGAAAGAGGGGAGGUUGCCAUUUUCCACCCGGAUUAAUUUGUGUAUACAGGUAUAUUUGACAUCCACGGCAAUAACAAAUGAAAUCUCAGUAUUGAGCAUUCCCAAUU